CCGAGGGAAAGCCCCAAAUCGGAACGGCCACUUUAAAGACGAACCAAAGUACCCAACAGGGAGAAACAAAAAAAGAGGAAGAAGUAAAAACAAUUGUCACAUGGAAUAUGAACAGUAUAACAGUAAGAUACAAAAAUAAAGAAAAAUGGAAUGCUUUUAUGAGUUUUUUUAAUCGAAUAAAUGCAGAUGUGUUAUGCUUUCAGGAGGUACGAUUACCAGCCAUGAAUCUAGAUAAUGUAAAAAAUGCAAAGGAUGGAAAAAGAGACAGAGGGAGAGUAAAAAACACAGAUCAAAAAAGUCAAGUAGAUUUUGAAAUCAUGGAACAAAUUUUAAAAAAAGAUUUUCACAACUAUAAUGCAUACUUCAGUUUGGCUAACAUAAAAUAUAGUGGUCAGCUGGUUUUAAUAAAAAGGAGCAUCCCGGUGAAGUCCAUUCGAUACAACCUCUCUUUUGAUGCUGACCCUAGUGAACACCAUGAGGAGGGUAGAGUCAUAGUUGCUGAAUUUAGCAACUUUUUUCUCUUAAGUACAUAUACACCGAAUAACGGAUUUGAUUUAAUCAAAUUUGAAAGAAGGAGACUCUUCGAUGAGCAGUUGAAAGAGUUUGUAUCCGUUUUGAAAAAUAAGAAAAAAAAUUUGAUAUGGACAGGGGAUCUUAACAUCGCGCCGGAAGAUAUUGACCUAUCUCACCCUGCUGAGUUUAGAAGAAUGAAAAAGGGGAAUGUACCCAAGGAGUUCGUUGGGCAGCCUGGCUGCACCGACUUUGAACGUAAGAAUUUUAGGGGUAUUCUCUCCGCAGGCGAUUUGAUCGACUCGUACAGGCACUUGGCUAAGCUAAGAGGCAACAAAGGGGGGGCUGUCAAAGGGGAGCCUGCCAAGGGGGAGCCUCUCAAAGUGACACCCGGUAAAGUGACAGGUGACAUAAAUGACAAUAUCUACACUUGGCGGUGUCCCUUCCUCAUGGGGAAGAGCUGCAACAAGGCCAUGCGUAUCGACCACUUCAUCGUGUCCAGGGACUUCAUGCCGAACGUGGAGAGUGUGGAUAUUCACGGGUACAGCGUGUUCCAUAACAACUUUUACGGCUCGGACCACUGCCCGGUGAUACUACGCCUGCGGGGGGGGACAGGCAGUGAUCCACCAAGUGGGGGAAGAAGCGAGACAACAAGUGGGU